AUGACGCCGCCUCCGCCUUCGCCUUCGCCCCCAACGCGCUCUCCCGACUCCGACGCCCCCGACUUCUCCGCUCCUCAACCCGGUUGCCUUCGACGCCCGAUGACCGACGCCUCCGCCUCCGCCUCCGCCCUCGACGCCCACUCGCGACUCCGACGCUCCUCAAGCCGAUUGCCUCGACGCCGACGACGCCGCCUCCGACUCCGCCUCUUCCCCCGACACCCUCUCGUGACUCUGUCGCCCCCGACACCCACACCCCUCAAGCCGAUUGCCUCCGACGUCGACGCCGCCGCCUCUGCCUCCGCCCCCGAUGCCCUCUCGCGAGUCCGGAGAAAAUAUUGGCUGGGUUUUACCCUCCACGUAGGCGUAUGGCCGGUUGCCUCCGACGCCAAUGACGCCGCUUCCACCUCCGCCUCCGCCCCUGACGCCCUCUCGCGACUUCGUCGCCCCGACUCCCGCCCCUCAGCCGGUUGCCUCCGACGCCGCCUCCGCCCCGCCCUCUCGCGACCCGACGCUCCUCAAGCCGUUGCCUCGAUGCCGACGACGCCGCUUCCACCUCCGCCUUUGCCCCCGACGCCCUCUCGCGACUUCGUCGCCCCGACUCCGACGCCCCUCAAGCUGGUUGCCUCCGACACCGACGACGCCGCCGCCUCCGCCUCUGCUUUCGCCCCUAACGCCCUCUCGCGACUCCGGAGAAAAUAUUGA